UUUUUCGACGCAAGCAUAAACUGUAUCUAUCGUAUCGAUAAAAAUUUAGUUGUUUAAUUUAAUUUCUUCCCAUUUUAAAAUUGUUCACUUUUAAACACGUUGAAUAGACUUACUCUAUAUAUGACGAAAUGACAAUACAUGGUAUUAUAGCUGUAGAAAAUCAAUAAUCCAUCACCAUGCCAGUGGUAGUGGCACAACAUUAGUGAAAGCUUACUGUAGUAACCUAGCAGAAUGGCAGAGUUUUCGUUAAACAUACAGAAACACAUAAAAGCGGGUCUCGUUGUGAGUGGAAAAUUCGAUGGGUCUCACGCAUGUCUCGCGGCUGCCACGCCUGGCGGUACAAUUUUGGUGCACAGUCCCCACAGACAACCGCAGAUUAAUUUCUCCGACGAUAAACAAUCCAAUAAGAGAUUAUCGUGGAGUGGAGAGCUGGCGGAGCUUCAAAUCGGUACCGAGGUGAAGUCAAUAUGUACCGGCCGUCUUGGGGAAGAUGAGAGGGACAUUCUUUUGGUCGGGACCAUUACUCAUGUGCUUGCUUAUCACAUUGAAGACAACGCUGAUGUCUUUUACAAAGAGAUGUCCGACGGCGCUAAUUGCAUGAUUAUCGCUAAAGUUGGCUGGUUACCGCAUCAGGUUGUCGUAGUAGGUGGCAAUUGUUCGGUGACAAUUUUAGAUGUGCAAGGAACGGAAAUAUUUUGGACGGUAAUGGGAGGCAUUGUCACUUCAUUAGCAGUAUUUGAUUUCGAUGGCGACGGAGAAAAUGAGUUACUGACUGGUACGACAGAUUAUGAAAUCAAAGUACAAAAGGAGGAUGUGAUGCUUUGGGAGACUAAAGAAACAGCGGCGAUCGUCGCUCUGACCGAUCUACCGAACAGGCAGUUUGCUUAUGCGGUUGAAAAUGGCACUAUUGGUGUCUAUGAAGCAGGACAAAGAUUAUGGCGAGUUAAGUCGAAGCACAAAGUUGUGUCUAUAGGAACUUUCGAUAUUAACGGCGAUGGAGUACCAGAACUCAUCACCGGUUGGAGUACUGGAAAAGUGGACACAAGAAUAUAUAAUACCGGCGAAGUCAUAUUUAAAAUACAAUUGUCUUUUGGUGUAGCGGGUAUAGUAGAAGCCGAUUAUCGAAGAACGGGUAAACCUGAUUUGGUAGUGGUUUCCAUUAAUGGUGAAGUACGUGGAUACAGUGCUGGCUCCGCAAUGCAGGCUUCAGAGCCUGGCGAGGUAGUACGUGAAUUAUUGGCCAAGAAGCAAGCGCUCCAAAUGGAAUUACGUCAAAGAAUCGCGAUGGGUUCCAAUAUGUAUCAUGGCUCCAGACUGGCGAUCAGCUUGCUAACGAAAAGAGGCGCGGCCCGCAUUGCUCUUGCUGCUGGACCUGGACUUUUGGUUCAUUGCGCUAUAGUAUUCGCUGAAGGUGUUUUCGAGGGCGAAACAUUGGUGACGCAUCCCAAUCGCCCACAGGGCGAAUUGGAGAUCGCGCUUUACCCUGUUAAAAAUGAUCCUGUAGACAUUCACGUGAAAGUGUACGUCGGACCUCCUGGAGCCGAUUUGUUGCAGGUCUUCGAAAUAACACGACAAUUACCGAGAUUCUGUAUGUACGAAUUUAUCCCGAGACCGCAACAAAUCCCAGAAGAAUUAUUGAAUAAUGGCGUCGUAGCGGACGUUGCCGAAAGACCGCAGCGUAUCGCCAUUUGGUUGAAUCAGAGUCUUAUCCUGGGUGAGGAACUGGAGGUCGCAGAGAGCGGUUCGAAUGCCGGCUGCAUCGAAAUAUGGCUGCGUGGCAUGCGCGACGACAAAGUGCACUGUUUCAAAUCAAACGCCACCGGGAAGGUGACCAUCCAGACAGACGACUCGACGUUCGCCGGCGACAUCAUUCAGUCUCUCGCAAUGUAUCUGGGCGUCAGGGAAUUGAAUUCUGAAGCGACAUUCCCGGCGGAAGAGAGUAAAAUGCUGGAUGCGUUGGAGCGUGUUAAGGGCUUAAAGGAAGUUGACGCGCGACUUCAAGCGGAAGCUGCAGGCAGUGCGACUCUUCUAAAAAAUAUUGUGAUUCGCCUGGAAGAUGCUAGAAUUCUCGAAAAUGUCGAAGACAUGCGCAAAAGACUAAGUCAAUUAAAGAAUAUUAAUGGUGAUCUGAUCCGUGAACACGAGAUUCGACUUAACAGUCAUCGGGAGCUCGCAGCCAGCUUAAAAGAAUUAAAUAUUGGUGUACAACAUGCAGCAAGACUUAGGGUCGGAAAAGCUGCUUCCAACACGGUGACACGCUGCAGAACGGCGAUACAAGAUGAAAACCCAAAAGCUCUAGUGUUCGCGAUAAGACACGGAUAGUUUCGAAUAGUGUAAGAUAUUUAUUAUUUAUUGUUUUCUCUUUAUCUGUUUUUUUUUUUUUCAAAGAAAAUUUAGUACAUCUAAAACCGUCGAAUUUUAAACUAUAGUGCCGUUCGACGUUACCAUUGAAAAAAAUUUGUAUUGCAAAUCAAUCGAAAAAUAUAUGAUUAGAAUACCGGUUGAUAUAUUUUGCUAUCAAUAAGAACUAAAAUUAUAAAAGAGUACGCAAGUAACUCAUUUGUAUAAAUACAGUUUUAUUAAACCGAUUUUAUUAAACCA